AGAGGAGGCAACAGUGUGCUCAUGUUGUCAGCAGAUGUGGGUGUCUGGACUCGUAUGAAGCAGGAGUGGCCGAAUGUUUCGACAUCGCCUCCCCGGCGUGCUUGAGCGGUAGUUGCUAAAGCUAGAUGUAGUGUCCCUAACGAGGAUAGCUGUUAGGGAAUCUCGAUCAAGAGGGAAUCGAUUUUCAAGUUGCUGGAUUCAGAGCCUUGGGAUUGCCAUCAUGGCUAUGUACGAAUAUGUCACUCAAGAGCAGCUGUCGGGCUUCGACAAGUACAAGUACAGCGCAGUGGACUCCAACCCCCUGUCUGUCUACGUCAUGCACCCCUUCUGGAACUCUGUUGUCAAGAUCAUGCCCACCUGGUUGGCUCCUAACCUCAUCACUUUCACAGGGUUCAUGUUCCUGGUCUUGAAUUUCGUCAUGUUGGCCUUCUAUGACUACCACUUCGAUGCUUCAGCUGAGGGGCACCUGCACGUGCCCAGCUGGGUGUGGGUCACCGCUGGCCUCUUCAACUUCCUGGCCUACACUCUCGAUGGGGUGGAUGGAAAGCAGGCGAGGCGUACUAACUCCUCCACGCCACUAGGGGAGCUGUUUGACCACGGGCUGGACAGCUGGGCCUGUGUCUACUUUGUGGCUUGCGUCUACUCCAUAUUCGGCAGAGGGGAAACUGGUGUGGACGUGCUGACUCUAUACUAUAUCCUGUGGGUGGUUCUUUUCUCAUUCAUUCUGUCCCACUGGGAGAAAUACAACACUGGGAUACUGUUCCUACCUUGGGGAUAUGACAUUAGCCAAGUGACCAUCUCCAUUGUUUACAUCAUCACUGCGGUGGUUGGUGUGGAAACCUGGUACCAUCCAAUCCAGUGGCACGUCCUCUACAGAGACCUCUUCACUUUCAUGAUCUUAGGUUGUUCGUUCACUGUGACCCUUCCCAUGAGCCUCUACAACGUCCUAAAGGGUCACCGCAGCAAGACUCUGAAGCACAGCAGUUUGUACGAGGCCUUCCUCCCCUUCCUCUCCCCGGUCCUCCUCUUCCUCCUCUCCACCCUCUGGGUGGUGCUGUCUCCCUCCAACAUCAUCCAGGAGCAGCCCAGGGUCUUCUACCUGAUGAUUGGAACAGCCUUCGCCAACGUCACCUGCAAGCUGAUAGUGUGCCAGAUGAGUAACACUCGUUGUCAGGCGCUGAGCUGGCUGUUGUUGCCCCUGACGGCGGUGGUGUUGCUGGCAUUGAACGGUGUUGAUGAGACUGUGCUGCUGUACGUGUGGACGAGUGGAGUAAUACUGGCACACAUCCACUAUGGAGUGUCAGUGGUGCACCAGCUUAGCGACCACUUCAACAUCUAUGCCUUUUCUCUGAAGAAGCCCAACAGUGACUGACAAGAUGAGGAGCGAAUCGGCUUGAAGGAAGCGGAGGUUUAAAGCCCUCCCACUUCCCUUUUGCAGCCAACCGACACUUCACUUUCAUCAUCACGGAAAACAGCCACCCAGCCUCCUCUACCCCAAGGACAUCUCUAUCCAGCUAGACAAUGACCCUCCUAUUCUCCUUUCCUCAACACACGCGCUUCCCCUAACUCUGGAACCAUGAACAGUUUCAGUUUGGGGCAAGUGUUCUGGACUACAGGGGUGGUACUUAGGGUUCUGGGUUCCGUGAUUGGUGAUCGGCCAAUUGGUUGAGCCAAUGAGGUGUGCUUGUUUCCUAAGGAAAUGUGCUUCAGCCGCAAGGACAGAAGCCCAGACCAGCCUCACAAACACACACACACAAACAUUCACACACUUACUUGACACAAAUGCACACAUUCGCAGGUUGCUUGUACACAGACACUGUGCUGACACACGCAAACACACACCGCACAUCUUCUGAUUGGAGAAGAUGACACUGACUCACAGUCUCAUGAAUGUACAGUAUAAUAUUGCCUUGGGGAAACAUCAUUUAGGUCUCCGUUAGUUUGAUAGACAGGCUUCACAAUAAUGCAGCUCCAGCCCUGACCUUUCACCUCUGAACCGUAACCAAGGGUACAACCACACCUGCUCCUGGGAGGUGUGUCAAGGUCUUGACCAGGGCAUGAAGGCAGAGCUUAACCUAUUUUGAUCGGAUGUUCUGUACGAUUGAGAGGAAACUCUUUAUUAUUUAUCUAUUGUUCCAAAAGAUGGGUUUUUGUUGAUAAAACGAAAUCUGAUAUGAAAUAGUCAGUGAUCCAUUUAGAAAUUAUCUCACACACAUUUACACAACACACUCUGGUGAUGGUUGUCUGAGUUUUACUGAGGUCAUUUUAGACCAAUCAGGGUUAAGCCUUUUGGAGGCAGGAGUAUUCAUACCACUAACCAGGUUGACCUCUGACCUGUCAACCUUUGACCCUUGAACCGUGACCCCUGUCUGAACGCUGACCUCUAGGCUCUCCUUCCCCUUUGAGGUGUCGUGACAGCAUGCCGAUUCGCUCUUAAGUUCUUUUUGUUUUCACUUUUAAUUGUUUUAUUUUUAUUUUCGUAUUUGUAAUUUCUUUCUCUGUUGCCGGGGGCGAUGCGUGUGUGUCGGUUGCGCUGAGCUUGAAUGAAGAGUGCGUCCCAAAGCCGUUUGCGGAGGGGACGCGCUCUGAGGGAACAAGCUGUCACUGGUCACCGCAAACUCCACGCCACUCUGCCACAGACACAUCACAUGACUGUGCUGUCCAUAUUACUGUCACAGACACAUCACAUGACUGUGCUGUCCAUAUUACUGUCACACCGGAGAUACGGCCAUCAGCUCUUGUUUUCUCCUGUGUUUUUUUUCUGGUUGGUUUGUUUGACGCUGCUUUUCGGAUCGUUUCUGAUCGUUUGCCCUCACGGUUUCCCACGAGGAGAGAGUGGAGAUGCUGGAGUAGGCUGCCCCUCAUCUGCCCUCCCUCAGCCUGUCUGCUAACGGGCUGGAGGACCAGGAGACUGCAGGGGCCUCCUGAGGGGGCCUCCUGAGGGGCCCCCCGAGGGGGCCUCACGUCCUCUCAGCCUCCGCUUCUUACCUGCACUGAUCUGAAACCACAGGACCGGUGACAGGGCUGUGGUGGACACCUGCAGGGUGAUCUGCUUAGACCUGGCCGUCUGGUUUGAGAUCAGUGCUGGUGACCGGGAAAGAAUCAGAAGGGAAGCAAGGUGGUGUUGAUGUGAGUUUUGAGGUUCAUCAGAUAGGACUGUGGUUGGAUUCUGAGGGUUGGGUAGUGACGCGACUGUGGAAUUGUGACUGAUAACGCCACCAAAACAACGUUGUUUGUGUGAGUAGGAGGUGUUGUGUGUGUGUGUGUGUGUUGUAUGUACGUCUGAAUGUUUUGAAUGUACGUGUGCAGAGACACAUGCAAGUAUGUAUCUUUUUAUGUAUGUAAGUACCAGUGUAUGUGCGUUUGUGUAAAUAUAUUAUUUUAUUUUCCUUGUUUUUUUUAUGUGAACUUUGAGUGAGAUUUCAAUCCAGAUUCCCCCACACCCCGCUCUUCCCCACACCCCACCCCCAGUCUGAAAAUGGUUCAUGUAGGAUGGACUGGGGAAGUGGGAGACCAGGGAUUUAGAUGGAACAGAAAUCAGUUUCCCCUGGUACUGGAUCCUAACUCUACCCAUCACCCAAGCAACAGUUAACAACUAUGGAUAAAACCGUGGAAUCUGUGACCAUGUUUGUUGUUGUCCGACGUGACGCGGGCCAGAUGCUGCCUGGCCCGGUCUGGCCCGGUCUGGCCUGGGUGUGUGACCAGGGCCAAUAAUAUCAUGUUGUAUUUAACCUGUGACAAAAAGGACUGUCCAAUUGAAUAAACAUUUUGUUUAAUCA